UGGAAACCUUGGCUGCUCUGGACCGAGCUAUCCAUUCUCCUCAUGCCACCACACAGGAAGUCUCCACAGCGAAGCUUACACGGGAAUCUUCGGGCCACUACAGCGACUUCAAUAUUCUCUCUUCUUUGAAUUCUCAGCUGUUUGAGAGCUCAGCAUUGAUGCACAUAUCUGCAGUUAAAGCCCUACUCUCUGCACUACGGCAGCUGUCACAUCAAUGCAUGGUUUCAACUUCAAGUAGUUUUGGACCAACAUCAACUCAAAAAAUUGGAAGCAUCAGCUUUUCAGUGGACAGAAUGAUAUCUGUCCUUGUCAAUAAUCUUCACAGGGUAGAGCCUUUGUGGGAUGAAGUUGUUGGCCACUUUCUUGAGGUGAUCAUAAUCUAUAUUUAUACUAUUAUGCAAAAUGCUAGUGCCAUUUAAUUUUUCUUGACGUCAGAGUAAAAUGAUGCAGCUUGCUGAUAAUUCUAGUCACCAUUUACGAAAUAUAGCACUUGAUGCACUAGAUCAAUCGAUAUGUGCAGUGUUAGGUUCGGAACAGUUCCAGAAUAAUGCGCUAUCUCAUGGCCCCUCUAAAGAAGUUGAAACGAUGCAGGCAGAGUUGAGAUCGCUUGAGUGUGCUGUUAUAUCUCCACUAAGGGUUCUUUAUUUUUCUACUCAAAGCACUGAUGUCCGAGCUGGAACCUUGAAAAUUCUUCUGCAUAUUUUGGAGAGAUGUGGAGAAAAAUUGCACUAUAGUUGGUCAAAUAUACUUGAAAUGUUGAGGUCUGUUGCGGAUGCAUCGGAGAAGGACCUUGUCACCUUGGGAUUCCAGAGCCUUCGUGUCAUCAUGAAUGAUGGUCUUUCCGGUAUACCUGCAGACUGCCUCCAUGUAUGUGUGGAUGUUACUGGAGCAUACAGUGCUCAAAAGACUGAGUUGAAUAUAAGCUUGACGGCAGUAGGUCUGUUGUGGACUACAACUGAUUUUAUUGCGAAGGGGCUUCUUAAUGGGGCAUCAGAGGAAAAGGAAGCAGAAAAUCUCGAUUUGGUUUCUACUCCAAAACAGAUGGAUGGUGAAAAGAGGGAAGAGCAGACAUUUAACAUACACAAUAAAGUGAAUGACCAAACUCCCCCAAUAAGUGUAGUGGACUGCGACAAGUUGCUAUUCUCUGUUUUCUCAUUACUUCAGAAGCUUGGUGCUGAUGAGAGGCCAGAGGUCAGGAAUUCAGCCAUCAGAACACUUUUUCAAACUCUGGGAAGUCAUGGGCAAAAGCUCUCAAAAAGCAUGUGGGAGGACUGUCUUUGGAAUUAUGUCUUUCCUACGUUAGGUCGUGCUUCACAUAUGGCUGCAACCUCUUCAAAAGAUGAAUGGCAAGGGAAAGAACUCGGGACUCGGGGAGGAAAAGCGGUUCACAUGCUUAUACACCAUAGCCGUAACACUGCUCAGAAACAGUGGGAUGAGACACUUGUCCUCGUCCUUGGUGGAAUAGCACGUUUGUUACGGUCUUUCUUUCCUUUUCUUAGAAACUUAGACAACUUCUGGUCAGGAUGGGAAUCUUUACUUCUUUUUGUUAAAAAAAGCAUUGUAAAUGGUAGUAAAGAAGUUUCUCUUGCGGCAAUAAAUUGUCUACAGACAACUGUUCUUUCUCAUUCUGCCAAGGGAAAUUUGCCAAUGGCUUACCUCAAUUCAGUACUUGGUGUUUAUGAGUUUGCUCUUCAGAAGUCACCAUACUGCAGCGAUAAUACAGCUACCAAGGUGAAGCAGGAGAUUUUGCAUGAUCUAGGAGAACUAUAUGUACAAGCUCAAAGGAUGUUUGAUAAUAACAUGUACACACAGUUGCUAGCAAUCAUUGAUUUGGCUGUCAAGCAGACAAUGAUAACCAACGAAAAUUAUGAAACUGAAUUUGGAAAUGUUCCACCAGUACUACGUACUAUACUAGAAAUUUUUCCUCUUCUAAGUCCAACCGAGCAACUUUCUUCAAUGUGGCUCGUCCUUCUUAGGGAACUUUUGCAAUAUCUUCCAAAAUCUGAUUCUCCUCUUCAAAAUAAGGAAAAUGAGGCAGAGCAACCUGGCACUGGUGACAAUAUUCCAGAUGUUCAUGCGAGGACAAAGUAUGAUGCACCUAAUGGUAAUGCUCAAAUCUCCCCAAACAAUGCUCAAGCUUCAUGUAGGAGUUCUGAAUUGACUUCAACUGCAAUGGAAGGCAUUCGAAGCCACUUGUUUGCAGAAAAGCUUAUUCCUGUGCUGGUUGAUCUUUUCCUACGGGCCCCUGCAGUUGAAAAGUGUAUCAUAUUUCCAGAAAUUGUUCAAAGCCUUGGAAGGUGUAUGACAACAAGAAGAGACAAUCCAGAUAGUUCAUUGUGGAGAUUGGCUGUUGAAGGCUUCAACUGUAUUCUUGUGAAUGAUGUUUGUAAAUUCACUGUCAACUGUGGACAAGACUUAAAAGUUAGUAGACCAGCAAGAUUGUGUGUUUGGAAAGAAAUUGCAGAUGUCUAUGAAAUAUUCUUGGUGGGUCAUUGUGGCCGUGCUCUUCCUUCCAAUUCUCUCUCUGCUGAGGCUCUUAAGGCUGAUGAAUCCCUGGAGAUGUCCAUAUUAGACAUUCUGGGUGAUAAGGUUCUCAAGUCACCAAUUGAUGCACCUUUUGAUAUUCUGCAAAGGCUUGUUUCCACCAUAGACCGAUGUGCAUCACGGACAUGCUCUUUGCCUAUUGAGACCGUGGAAGUUAUGCCUGUCCAUUGUAGCAAAUUUUCCUUGACAUGCUUACAGAAGUUAUUUUCCUUGAGCAGUUUCGACGAUGAAGCUAAUGAUUGGAACUUGACAAGAGCUGAAGUCAGCAAAAUCUCAAUAAUGGUACUAAUGAGUAGAUGUGAAUACAUCUUAAACAAAUUUCUAGCUGAUGAGAAUGACUUGGGUGAACGUCAACUACCGGCGGCAAGGCUUGAAGAAAUAAUUUAUGUCCUUCAGGAAUUGGCUCGCUUAAAAAUUCAUUUGGAUACUGCAUCUAUCCUGCCUUUACAUCCCUUGUUGAAAGGUGGUCUAGGAGUGGAAGAGAACGAAGACAUAUGUCCACAUUUGCUAGUUCUAUUUCCCUCCUUUUGUGAGCUCGUUGUAUCAAGGGAAGCUAGAGUAAGAGAGCUAGUGCAAGUUGUACUUAGACUUGUCGGCAGAGAAUUGGCACUUGAAAAGGUUAGCACGGCUGUUGGUGUACAGAAGAACGCUUCUUGACGACUGCUUUCACCAAGUUGUAUCCUCGGUAUUGUUGUUUAUAAAAGGUUAAGGUGAGGAAUUUUGUCCGUCCUCCAUAUUUUGGUGUUCUAUUAUUAUUUAUUAGUUUGUACAUUUUAGGAAAAAGUAUUCUGUUGUAUUCAUAAAUUACUUCGGGGUGACAAAUUCGUGAAUU